AUGUCGACAGCGCGCUUGACCUUUCUCUACCCGCCUCUGUUCCGUCCUCUGCGGACGCCAGCGCGCCGUCUUCUCGACAGCCUUCGCACCGCGCGCCCCCCGUCGCCCGCCGCCACGGCAAGGCCGUCGAGCCUCUGCCCCGCGCCGGCCGAAGAUGACGAGAUGAGGCCGCCCCUCGCGCCUCCGAGCCCCGAAGCGCUCGCCAAGGACUCGGAGCUCGCCGCCGCCGCCGCCGCCGCCGCCGCCACGACCCCUACCACCGAGCCAGCUGCCGAGGCACAGCCGCCCCCUCCGACAGCACAGGGCCCCGCCGACACGAGCGCCGAGUCCGACGCCCAAGGGAAGGAUGCCGCCGCGUCCGACUCGCGCGAGGAGGCGCGCCAGGAUGCGAAGAAGAGCGGCCCGCUGGAGGCCAUGCUGCAGAUGCCCGAACCCGGCACCGACGAGGGCGGCGCGCGCCAGCACCCUCACCUGUCGCCGCCGCCCUACGUCCACCACUUUGACAGCUACUCGCUCGUGCGGCAGCUCCAGGCCGGCGGGUACACCGAGGUGCAGGCCACGUCGGUGAUGAAGGCCGUGCGGCGGAUCCUGGCGCAGAACCUGGACGUCGCGCAGGACAGCCUCGUCAGCAAGAGCGACGUCGAGAACGAGACGUAUUUGUUCCGCGCCGCGUGCUCGGAGCUCAGCACCGAGGUCAAGAACAACCAGCGCAUCGCCGACGAGGAGAUGAGGCAGCAGCGGACCCUGCUGCAGCACGAGGUGGACAUUCUGACGCAGUCGCUGAGCCAGGAGGUUCUUACGCUGAAUGAUAAUGUGCGCGGCAUGUUCAACGACCGCAAAAUUGCGGUGAGCGAGGAGCAGAAGGGCGUCGACAGCAUUAUUCAGCAGAUCAACUACAAGAUCAGUAUCUCGCUGAGCAGCGACGCCAAGUCGGAGAUUGAAGGCCUGCGCUGGGUGCUCAUCCGGCGAUCGGUCCUGGGUAUCCUCUUCAUGGCCGUGCUGACGCUGGGCACGCUGCGUUAUGGCACCUAUGUGAGCCAUGAGAACAAGAGGGAGGCCGAGCGGCUGCAGAGGCAGGCUGAGGUGCUGCGGGCGUCGGACGGCAAGCGAGACCACAGUUCCGCGCCGGAUGCGGCGGAGAUCUUGGCGGCGAGCUAG